AUGUCAAAUGGAAAGGACAGCCUGGAAAAACAGCUGAAUGGCUUUGGGGAGAAGGGGAAGGAGAGGAGCCGCACAUCCCUGGUCAUCUCUCAGGCCGUUAACCGCAGUAUUUUCACCUCUGCAGUCUCCCCCGCUGCUGAACGCAUCCGCUUCAUCCUCGGAGAGGAAGAUGACAGCCCGGCACCUCCACAGCUCUUCACGGAGCUGGAUGAGCUUCUGGCCAUCGAUGGGCAAGAGAUGGAGUGGAAGGAGACUGCAAGGUGGAUCAAGUUUGAGGAGAAGGUAGAACAAGGUGGGGAGCGAUGGAGCAAACCUCAUGUGGCCACCUUGUCCCUGCACAGCUUGUUUGAGUUACGGACGUGUAUAGAGAAAGGCUCGAUAAUGCUGGAUAUGGAGGCUUCUUCUCUCCCUCAGGUGGUGGAAAUGAUCGUUGACAAUCAGAUCGAGACGGGGCUUUUGAAAUCAGAACUGAAGGACAAAGUCACCUAUACGCUGCUCAGGAAGCACCGGCACCAGACCAAGAAAUCCAACCUGCGCUCUCUGGCUGACAUCGGGAAGACUGUCUCCAGUGCAAGUAGGAUGUUUACCAACCCCGAUAAUGGCAGCCCAGCCAUGGCUCACAGAAACCUGACUUCCACCAGUCUGAAUGACAUCUCUGACAAGCCUGAGAAGGACCAGCUGAAGAAUAAAUUCAUGAAGAAGUUGCCACGUGAUGCUGAGGCUUCCAAUGUGCUGGUUGGGGAGGUGGACUUCCUGGAGUGUCCCUUCAUUGCCUUCGUUCGGCUGCAGCAGGCAGUCAUGCUGGGUGCUCUAACUGAAGUCCCUGUACCUACCCGAUUCCUCUUCAUUCUGCUGGGACCGAAGGGCAAAGCAAAGUCCUAUCAUGAGAUUGGUCGAGCCAUUGCCACGCUAAUGUCGGAUGAGGUGUUUCAUGACAUUGCCUAUAAAGCCAAGGACCGGCAGGACCUGAUCGCUGGCAUCGAUGAGUUUCUGGAUGAAGUCAUUGUGCUCCCCCCUGGGGAAUGGGAUCCAGCCAUUAGGAUAGAGCCCCCCAAGUCUCUUCCUUCUUCAGAUAAAAGGAAAAACAUGUACUCUGGUGGAGAAAACCUCCAGAUGAAUGGAGACACACCUCAUGAUGGAGGACACGGCGGUGGGGGCCAUGGGGACUGCGAAGAGUUGCAACGAACUGGCAGGUUCUGUGGUGGCUUAAUCAAAGACAUAAAGAGGAAAGCACCGUUCUUUGUCAGCGACUUCUACGACGCUUUAAACAUUCAAGCCCUUUCAGCCAUUCUUUUCAUCUACCUGGCCACAGUGACCAACGCUAUCACUUUUGGAGGAUUGCUUGGUGAUGCUACAGAGAACAUGCAGGGCGUGUUGGAGAGUUUCCUGGGCACAGCAGUGGCUGGCGCGAUAUUUUGCCUUUUUGCUGGUCAGCCACUCACAAUUCUGAGCAGCACAGGACCUGUCCUUGUCUUCGAACGGCUCCUCUUCAAUUUCAGCAAAGACAAUAAUUUUGACUACCUGGAGUUUCGCCUCUGGAUCGGCCUUUGGUCAGCCUUCCUGUGUCUCAUCCUUGUCGCCACCGAUGCCAGCUUCCUGGUCAAGUACUUCACCCGCUUCACUGAAGAAGGUUUCUCCUCCCUUAUUAGCUUCAUCUUCAUAUACGAUGCUUUCAAGAAGAUGAUCAAGCUGGCAGAUCAUUACCGCAUCAACUCUGAGUUCAAGGAGGACUAUAUCACGCAUUACUCUUGUGCCUGUGAACCAUUAGAUCCAGUUAAUAGCUCGUUAUUUAACAGGACAACGGUGCCGUCAGCCGAUGAGCUCUUCUAUUCCUCUUCUGACAUGUACAAUACCACCAUUGACUGGUCAUCUCUGACAAAGAAGGAGUGCUUGAAAUAUGGAGGACGACUUGUGGGCAACAACUGUGAAUAUGUCCCUGACAUCACCCUCAUGUCUUUCAUCCUCUUUUUUGGCACUUACACCUGCUCCAUGGCCCUGAAGAAAUUCAAGACCAGUCGCUAUUUUCCAACCACUGCCCGGAAGCUCAUCAGUGACUUUGCCAUUAUCUUGUCCAUUUUGAUUUUCUGUGGAAUAGAUGCCCUGGUAGGUGUGGACACACCGAAACUACUUGUGCCAAGUGAAUUCAAGCCAACCAGCCCCGAGAGGGGUUGGUUUAUCCCACCUUUUGGAGGGAACCCAUGGUGGGUGUACCUGGCAGCAGCCAUCCCUGCACUGCUGGUGACUAUCCUCAUCUUCAUGGACCAGCAGAUCACAGCCGUCAUUGUCAACAGGAAGGAGCACAAGCUCAAGGUGGGUGUGCAUUGUGUCUUCCACAUAUGCAGAGAGUUGCCUGGUGCUUUUUCUGUGCUAGAGAUGGAGGAGGGCCUGUGGCAGUGCUUGAAG